UAACGCAUGAAUAUACGGAGAGGGAGAGGGUGUAGUUCACGGAAGAAGGAAGGCCGGGUACGAAGGCGGAGGACGGGGAUCCGGGCCGUUUUCACGAAACCACCCACCGUCCAGGAAGGGCGGCGCCAAGCGGAGGCUCAGCCUCAACAGAAAUAACGGACAGCACUCCAGCCGCUCCCCCACACGGACGUUGGGCGCCGGCAGCCGCGUCGUGUGCCUCUUCGGCCGGGUAAACGGUCCAUAGACGGGACAAAUUAGCGCUUGUCAGGUCGGUAUCCACAGCGUUGGCAGUGUAUCACCGUGAAGGCCCACCCACUUCCAUUCUCCAGCGUGUGCAGAAAUGUCAAUCAAAGUGGUAUUGACACGUUUGCGUGCAACCUCCCUCUUGUGUGCGGCGUCCUCUCAGGCGUGGGUGUGCGUUUGUCGGGGCGUCGGCGUGUCUCCUCCUGAAGGUAAGGCUGUAAAGAAGCGAGUGAUUUAUGACUUGUGACACGACUUCUCUUGGCAGAUGCCGCCGGUGUUCCGUUUGCGAGCGGGAGACGCUCUCUCGUAACAUUCCUGUAUACAACCGUCGUGCGGCGACACAAUCAAACACGGCUCAUCGGACUCGCUUCGAGGUCCUUCAGCAUUUUUGAUGACAUCCGAGCUGGCCGCCACAGUCGGAAAAAGCAUACACCGAGAAUAUAACUGCGAACGACGCACACAUCCAACAAGGCGUUUAAACGCGGUGCGGCGAGCGCCACCUGAGUCGUCAGGCUGAGAAUUUGCAGAAUGCCUCUCUUGGCGACAAGGACAGGUUAAAGGUCACUGCCUGCAGAUGUAAAGUCACUACAGGAGUGAGGAAACUUGAACUGAGAGUGAACUCUGGCUGGAAUGAUGACCCAUGUUUAGAAAGUGAGGGAUGAAGAGCGUGAUUGGCGAGGACUACGGAGAUCACGGUCAGAGCAUGUGGGAUUUAAUCGAGACGUGAGAGGUGUCUGUGACACGGCAGUAAAACGGCUGAUCAAACAAAACAGAAGUCACCGUCAUGGACCCACUGGCGAGACAGACUCAAUUAGUCGGUGAAUUCACUGAGGAAUUUGAGCGCCGUGUGCUACACUCAGCCAGGAGGGGAACUAGGUGACACUGGACCAGCACCAUCAAAUACAGGACAUCCCGGCAUAAUGGCCGCCCUCCCGUUUUGCGAGCGGACGCCGACAAAAGAGGAGACAGGUGGGAACUCUCAUCCUCCAUGUUGGAAAUUAACAACACAUAGCAUGUUUUCUAUCUGGGAUUGUACGCUUUGGGCCUGGCAGACAUCAGGAAGGAAGCAGGAAGCAUGAAAAGUAGAAAAGAGAGAGACAAGAUGAUGUCUCACACUUGGAGGCUGCAAGAAGAUGGCUGCAACAUUGCGGGGGGAGGAGUUCCGGCUGGGCAGCACCCCUCUCGCCAUGCUGGCGGCCACCUGCAGCCGGGUAGGAGAGUGCAGUCCCCCCGGUGGUCCCCCCGCUCUCUCCCUGGGCUUCCACCCGUGGAAAAGGAGCGUGCUCCCGGUCACCUCCUCCAGGAGCAACACGGUGUGUUUCUCCGCGGAGCCUUCCAGCGCCUUCUCGGCCACCGGCGCCUCGAACCUCUUCGGGAGCGACUUCGCCGCCUUCCAGAACUCUGUGCCGCCGGGGGACGACGCCCAGCGAGCCGUCUUCCUCACCUCGCCUUACCCGCGCCUGCACCCGUACGAGCCCAGCUGGCUGAAGCCCGCGGGAGAAGUCGCGGGUGGCUCCUGCUGGUGGGACGUGGGCACCGCGUGGGCGGACUGUCAGAGCCAAGCGGAGCAGCACGUCGCCCCGGCGCAGCACCUCUUUGACGGCUUCCGGCCACUCGCCCCCGUGGAGUGCAACAACACCGCAGCGGCGGCGGGGAGCGCCGUCCUGUCCUCCCGCUCCUCGGCGCGGCGCUACACCGGCAGAGCCACCUGCGACUGCCCCAACUGCCAGGAGGCGGAGCGGCUCGGGCAGGGCGCGGCGGGGGCACCGCGGCCCCGGGCCCUGCACAGCUGCCACAUCCCGGGCUGCGCCAAAGUGUACGGCAAGACGUCGCACCUGAAGGCGCACCUGCGCUGGCACACCGGGGAGAGACCCUUCGUCUGCAACUGGCUCUUCUGCGGCAAGCGCUUCACGCGCUCCGACGAGCUCCAGCGGCACCUGCGCACGCACACCGGGGAGAAGCGCUUCGAGUGCGGCGUCUGCCACAAGCGCUUCAUGCGCUCCGACCACCUGGGCAAGCACGCGCGGACGCACGGCGACGACGAGGCGGCGGUGGCGGCGGCGGGGGCGGCGCCCGGUAAGGGCGGCAGCGACACGGACACCAGCAGGGCGGGGAGCCCCACGCGGUCCCCGGAGAGACACGCCGCUGUCCACACUCGCCAGGUGACUUAAACUGCGGCCUUUUUCUCCAACACAUGAACACACUUACUUACUUACUUACUUACUUACUUACUUACUUACUUACUUACUUACUUACUUACUUACUUACUUACUUACUUACUUACUUACUUACUUACCUCGCCUCUAACUGCAGACUUCCGGAACAAUAAACACCACUUUCACUUUUUUAGCUUCUUUACUCAACAUAUUUUCAUA